UACGGUAUCCAAAGUCAGAGCGAACAGACGCCUAAUCUACAUGUGUACGUGCAUGUUUUCCCACAUUAGUGUUUGUUUUGGCUCUGGCGGCUCUGAAAUCACCUCAUUACAACAACCAAAAUUGCGGUUAGACGGGUAGUAGGCGUAAUAACCACCACGUGAGGGGAUUUUCAAUGGUGUCAAUGCAUGAGCGCUUGUGUCUCUUGCCUCACAUGUCUUAGCGCCAUGUGGUGUGCAUGUACACCAGCCGAGGGUGUAGCACUGUAUAGUGCUUCUCUAUUUUUAACACCAGCGAUAACAAUGUCCGUCCAAAGAGGUAUAUUCCUGUAACCCUAGUUAACGCAUGUGCACUCCGGAUAUUACUAUAGCCAUACACAAGCACCCUUUGGUAGUUCAUUCAAAACAGCACAAACAUUAUAUCGAAGAACAGAUGGAGAUACCACAGUCAGUUGUUACUAGGUUAUGCCCUUCCUCCAUUCCUUUUUCAUCCAUCCUUAAUUCCCGCACCACAUUUAUCAACGACUGCAGAGCCUUUGAGAGCGCUAACGAACCAACGUAGUGUUUGGUAUUGGGAGCCUCAAAAAAAAGCUUUUGCAAAAUGAAAAACCAUUAAUUAGUAAGCGAAGCACAGAUAUUGGCUGUCCUAGGGGCACAUUUCUUUAUUCUCCACAAGCUAAUCCAGUUGAGGUGGUGGACCUCUACCGGAUGAGGUAGCAUUUCCUUAUUUCUUCAACCAGAAUCGGUGGAGCUCAACCAAUCUCCAUCAGCUAAUCUACUGCUAGUAGAUCUAGAGCUGAUAGAGUUUGGGUGUAACUAAAGUCUAUGCGCAUCCGUGAUCAUAUAGCGCGGAAAUGAGCAAGAAUCUUUUUGAUCUCACGAACCUACCGAGAGGCGAACUGGUGGUUAGAACCUUGACAGGCGAUGAGUCGACCACUUUGUUUUGGAGGCCGAGCUUUGCUGGUGAAAUUGGAGGAGGAGCCCCUUUUGACUCAAGGGAUGACAUGUCGCAGCGUGAAAGUCAAACGUCGUCUGCUGCUGACCCUGUAUCGCCUGCUCAACCGAUUUCUUCUGACAAAGAUUACUGUGAAGCUUCUAUAGGAUCUUGCAGUACUGUGUAUCAGUGGGGUCGUGCUGAUACUUUACUAUUGCUUAAUCUCUAUCGUGAAUACACAGAUGAGUUUGAGGACAGUAAAACAAAGAAGAUACGUGUCUGGGAAAAAGUGGCUAGUGCUUUGCAAAGACAGGGAUACAAUGUCAGUGCAUUGCAAUGUAGCAAUCGUUGGAAGACGCUCAAAGCUCUAGGCCGUCGAACUUCAGAUCACAACAAGAAAACAGGUUUGUUAGAACAUUCAUAUUACAUGUUAGACAUACUGUGAUACAAGUAUGUAGCAUGUAUGUAUGUAUGUAUGUAUUUAGGUACAUGUGUCUGUGUCCGUGUAUGUAGGUAUGUAGGUGUACAAUAUUUAUGUGUGUAUGUAUGUAUAUAAUGCCACUAUGUAUUAAAACAAUACUUAUUUGGACUUGUCUCGAUGCUUAGGAAAUAAUCGACGAGUAUGCGAAUUUUACUCUGAGCUAAACGAAAUUCUGGGAGCAGUCACUGUGCAGUCACUGUGGGAAGUAGCCGUGGAUCUACCGCAUCUCCUAUAACUGUUGAUGUAGAUACUGUAUCCAAUGAUGUUUCAGUUGAUGAGACUGCUGACAUUCAUGAUGAUUAUGAUGAAUCAAGUGUUAAAAGGUUCAAAGCAGCAAGCUCAAAGAAGGCAAGAAGUUCCACAAGAAAGGAUGUUGUGAAGUUGUUAGAAACUAUAGAAACAAAUAGGCGUGAAGAAGAGAAAGAGAAACUGCACUUCCUCAAGCAAGUCCAUCUUGCAAUACUAUCCGAAUGCGCAUGCUCACGUCCACCCGUACGUUUCUUUAUUCCACACUAAUCCGACUCUACCGGAAAACAUCUGGCGGCGGCUAAUCCAGUGGAGGUCCACCACCUCAACCGGAUUAGCUGGUAGAGAAUAAAGAAAUGCAGCCUAGGAUCCCAACCGUGAAACACGCGUGGAACGGCUGACGCAGGGGCGUACCCAGCAGAGAAGCAAACUGCCUCCUUUGACUUUAGGGGCGUAGCACUGUAUCAAAACGGACGUCUAAAACAAAAAUUCGUCCAGUGAUAGAUGUGAAUGCAUAUCACGGUAUGUAAAAAUAGAGCAAAUUACCAGGUGUAGGACAUAACUUAUGAUUGCAACAGUUUAAGUUAAUGCACAUUGUUAGGUGAGUCGCUUUCAAAGUACGGACAUGAUCGACUUGCGUUUGGCUUUAUGGAGUGCGCGAACAAAUCCGCUCUCCAAGUUUGGAUUCCGUACGGCCUUGCGCAUCAUCAUUUGGACUCGGCGCAGUCCUCGAACAACGACAACAAAAGGGAAAUUGGAGACCCAUUGUUUAUGCGUCAAGAAUACGAACAUUGUCUGAAACUGAAAAGUAUCCCGAUUAGCGACAACGUAGGCAUGUGAGCGUUUUUCUCAAUACUUGCUCGGAAAUCAAUUCAGGUUGAUCAGUGAUCACAAACCUCUUGUGUAACUAUCGCCUAGGAUACAGAGAAUGAGGAUAAGACUAUUAUAAACGCGAUAUCAGUACAAUAUAGAGCAAAACGUUAAGACAGCAGACACUUUAUCAAGAAGUCCUGUGACUACACAGUAAAAAAUGACACGUUACAACAAGAAAUCGAAAAGUGGGUGAAUCAAUGAA